GCAAAACCAAAAAGGUCGACAUGGGCAACUCUGGGUCGAGCCGCGAAAAGAAGGAUGCCAAGGCGAUCACAAAGAAGAGCGUCCAAGCGCAGAAGAUAGAGCGGGCGCAUGCAACAGGUAUCUUGUCGUUAAAGGGGUGCAAGUUGAAGCAGAUUCCCGCCGACGUGUUCAGUAUCCCCACUUUGCACACGCUGGACUUGUCCCAGAACGCCAUCAAGGAGCUUCCAUCGCACAUCACGCAGCUUGUGGCGCUCAAGACGCUCAAAGUGGAUGGCAACCUACUCACUCGCGUGCCGGACUUGUCGUCCUUGGUGAAGCUCAACAACUUCGUGGCAGACAACAAUGCCAUCGUCACGAUAGACGGUCUGCCCACAAGUUUGUCAAAACUGAGCAUUCGAAACAACCAGCUGACGUCGCUGCCGUCGUGCAUGUCGUCGCUUGUCGGCCUGGAAACGUUGGACGUGGCGCAGAAUUUGAUCGCCGAAUUGCCUCCGGGCAUCGCUGAAUGCGUACAAUUGAAGGAAGUCAACGUUGACCACAACCGACUGCAGUACGUGCCGUCCGCCCUUGUCAAGUGCAAGAAGUUGACAAGUUUGUUUGCGCGACACAACUGCCUCGGCCCGACGCAGUCCUUCGCGCCAGAAUUCCUCGUCAACUCGACGGUGAACGUCAUGCAGUUGGAAGGAAACCCCCUGACCAAGCACGACUUUGAGGCCAUGGAAGGCGUAAGUGCAUUCCUCGAGCGGCGAAAGAACCUCAAGGACAAAGAAAUCCACGGCGGGCUCAGCACCGACGUGAGCCUGUGUGGGCUGGAUUAGAUUUAUAGAAGUAUUCGUUUUGAUUGGUUGAAAAUACUAUUGUGUGGACGAAUCACAUGUGAUAAUUUCAAAUCCAGCGAUUUCAUUCGUGAUAUUCGAAA